AUGGAUUGGGAAGAUGAGGCUGCUGGCAUGGAGGACGCCUUCGGCUCCGAGGAGGAGUGCUUUGCGCAACAGUGCACCGAGAAGAAAAAGUGUCACGGCAAGUUCUGCGCCAAGCACCACAAGGCAGCGGAGAACAUCAAGAACCAAGCUGACAAAGAUGGCGAACUACAGACCUAUGCCGACAUCUUCAAUGACCCAGUCAAGUGCAACCAAGCUUUCGAACAAUACGAGAAGGACAACUGCGAUGGGCGCUUCCGCAAGAAGCUCAUCGACUGGGGCCAAAGGAAGCGGGCCUUCGGCGUGAAGAUCAGCACCGAAGAACGCGGCAUUGAGGAGUGGCUGGACGUGACAGAAUACGUCACUAUGAAAACCAAGAACAUGCAAGAGGGCCCCGACAAGGAGCAGUUGAAGAUUGCGAAGACCAAGGAGUUCGAGGAGAUGUGCAAGGCGCCUGGCAUCGAGAAGGAGGGCGAGUGGCCCAACACGCGCAUCUGGGUCUUCGUGAAGAAGCAACGGAUUGGAGAUGUCGAGAGGUACAUUGGCACCAACUUCGAGGAAGGGUCGAAACAGAUGAAGGAUAUGACGAAGGAAGAUAAAGACCAGUUCAAGCAGUACACCCUGACCUCAACUCCCUCGAGCAGCAACGCUUUCUUGGCGGGGACGCUCGGGAAGGGCACUGGUGGGUGGGGCGACGACGGCGACCGCGACAGCGCGGCGCAGAAGGCGAAGCCAAGUGAUGAGCAACAAGAAGGGCCACCUCAAAAGAGACUCAAGCACGUUGAUGUGGCCAACGUGGCGCCCAAGUUGACAGAGAAGCUCGCGAUCAAGGUCGACAAAGCGGAGAGGAGCGCCACUGCCCAGAUGGCGUUGAUGGAGCAGGCACUUCGCGAUGCCACACCUUUCGGCCACACCGACCAGUCCUUGACUAACUACAAGCAGACCGUCACCGUUCGCAUGCACGCGUUGCGCCUUUGGGUUGGUCCUACUGUCGUGGACGCGCAGCAGCCGCCAACGCCAGUGGCACUGCAGACCCCAGUGAAGCAACAGACGUCCGCCGAGAAGCUGGAACCCACGGAAGGCACGAAGGACGAGCAGGAUGACAACCAGCAGAAUAACGAUGACGACAAGAAAGACGCCUCAUGCCAGAAGGCCGUGGAGGGCACUCCUGAAGCCGCAGCCACAGCUAGCCCCAAGGAGGAGUUGGCACCACCUGGAGGCGGAGGCGAACUGUCCUCGGCCGCAGUGGGCCCGGCAACGCCCACGACCGACACGAAGAAGGCUGCCCCCCAAUCUGUGAAAUCCAGCGGUAGCACGAGCGUAGUACAGAAGCAGAGCAGGACCUUGAGAACCUACUUAGCUGAUCAAGGAGUUCGUGGCCAAGUCUGUAAUGACAUCUCAAAGUUGAUCUCAUUGCCUGAGUUGCGGCAUCACGUUGAGAAGAUCCCCAGCGCGGUAUCAUCGGAUGAGCUCACUGCCAUCGAGGAGGCCAUCAAUGUGGGCUGCGAGUACUUCGCCCAGUUCAUCACAUCGCUGAGGCAGUCUACGGGAUCUCUCACUGGCCACAUCAGGAACCAGAAGAGCAAGGCCGACAGGGACGAGAGGAAGAAGGCAUUGGAUGAGGCCAACAAACAAAUAAAAGCCUCAAAAGAGGAGACGAAGCGCCUGCAGGAGAAAUUGAAAGCGACAGCCAAGAUGGCGCCACCACUCUUCAAGCUGCAGUCCGAGGAGCUGUUGAGCCACAACCUGAUCAUGAAUGUCAAGGCCGCUGAUGCGGGCAAGGGGCUAGAAGAUGAUACCAUCUUGGCACCUCUCGUCAUCAAAUCCCCGCCUGAGUGGAAGCUGGCAUCUGAGCAGCCCGCUCUUGCAGUUCAGCUUGGCAAGUUUGGCGCGAGCUACAACAAUACUCCAGAAGCUAAGCAAUCAGGUCGGGCCCAAGAGCCUCUCUACACCGGUGAGGGGAAAGAGGUUGCUGACCUAUUCCUGGAGAAGCACAUGAAGAACGUGAAUGAGUCUCUCCAGAUCCAUCGAGGCAUUGAGGGUGUAGAUACGUUCAAGAGCGUCGUCGAGAGCACGUGGAUGUGGGGCUACAGAAUCCCAAACCACCACGUCGCUCAGAGCCCGAACGGCCUCGGGAUGAUCAACACAGUUGUGUACGGCUCAGUGAACGUGAUGCUUUUUGAUGCUCAGCAAGUGGUCCCAGCAUAUCGACAGAUCCUCGGGAAGGACGGCAUCACGCUUCAAGAUGUGAUACAUAAUAUCGAGAUGUCAGGCUCUGAAGAGAUCAAGACAUUGAAAGAGAAGGGCACGAUCAUUCAGUAUGUCUCUCUCGCCGCUGGUGACUCGAUCUACGUGCCCAGCGGCUGGAUUCUAUCAGAAAGCGUGUCGAGUGGUGCGAUGGUGUACGGCCUUCGCAAGACGACUCUGUUCAAGACCGCUGGAUCCGAGUCGUGCGCAGAGAUGCUGGGGCUGACGGCUGGCAAGAAGCAUCCCAAGCAAGAGGCUGUCUUGAAGUUUCUCAAGGGCACGGCUGAUGAGGACGCCGACGCCUAG